AGACGCGAGAAAAAAAGAAGCAACAAGGAAUGCGAAGAGAUAAUUUAACGGAUGAUAAUUUACAUAUAUCAACAUGGAGAGAUGAAGAUCGAGGAUCGUCUUAAAACUACUUGAAGACGCACACUUUUGCGUCCUUCGCAGCGAUAAAUGCACACGUACACAGAUAAAAUGCACACACGUACACACAUUUACCUAUUCUUUAUUUCCUCCUGUGUGCUUCCGCCUUUGUUUUUGUUAUUGCUAUCCCGUACAUUUUGCCAUUUUGCCAACGUCGCUUCGGCACGCAUAUCGCACGCUAAUCACAGGAUGACAAGGAGGAGUCUUCUUGGCGAGAAAUACUAGAGGCGAAGAAUCGUGCCAUAUUCGAGCUGGAAAGAACGAUGGAGAGUCUUCAGAUGGAGCACGACAAGUGCAAGGACCUGUUGGGCGACGCGAAACACAUUGAAUCGUGGAAGAAGGAGAUAGAAGCGAAGAAUCAUCACAUUGUUCAGCUGGAGCAGCAAUUGAAACUCUAUGACAAUUUAAAGAACGACAUCGUCGGGCACGACAAAACGAACAAGGAUACCGAAACGCAAACGAAGACGUGCAAGAAUUGUUGUAGUCCAAGUACGAAGGAUCGACAAAUUCUCGCGCUGAAGCAGCAAGGAAAGGCCUUGAGGGAUUCUUUGAAGAAUCACGCGGACACAACGGAAUCCUCCGAAAAGGACGCCAACGAUGACAAAAUUAAUGAAAAAGCGGAGGAGAUUUGGAAGCGGGAGAUCAAGAUGAAAAAUCAGCGCAUUGUCGAACUGGAGCAGGAAAUAGCAUCGAUGGAGAGUUUUCUGCGGAAGAAUGUUGACGCACAGAGGAUGCGUGACCUCGAAAAGACGAUUGACAGAAGGUCCAGUCGAAUCGCGGAAUUAGAAGACACCGUGGAGGAGCUGGAGGGCUUCCUCAAGGAAGACAUGAAGGAGAUGCGUGAUCUGCGCUACCAGGUAUCUCUCGAUAAAGAACAUAUCAUGAAAAUGGAGAAGUGGAUCCAAAGGAACAAUCUCAUAAACGUGGGAAUUGACAAAGCGAGAAUUAUAGAGCUGGAGAAAAUGGUAACGAGCUUGGAAGAUUACGUCAGAAAACACGACAUUGACGGCCUUAAGCGAAAGCUGCAGGAUCGAGAAUGCAAAAUUGAUCAGCUGGAAAAUCAAAUUUCUGAGCUGAAUAAAAAGCUGUCGAGUUCCCAAGAAUAUAAAUCAGCUAGAGAUAUGCCGAAGAAAAGCGUUUUGACAGAUGAUAUAGUAGCCCAUAAACCAGAAGAAAAAGAAGAAGAGAUGAAAGAUAUAAUUGACAUCGUUUUGAAAGAAGAUAAUAGACUUCAAGAGUGUAAGCAAGAGGAGAAUCUGAAAAUAGAGUUGCGAGAAAAAGAGCAAAAGAUGAAGGAAAUGGGACACGACAUUUCGGAAAAGGAUAACAAAAUCCAAAAGUAUGAACAGCAGAUUAUCGAACAACAGAAUAAAAUUUUGAAAAUGGAGGAGACGAUAGCUGAAAUGGAAGAAGAACUGUACGAGACGGAAGACAUUGGCGCGCUGAAGGAAGAGAUCAAAGUGAAGAACGAGAGAGUGCAAGAGCUAGAAAUGGAAGUCAAUUCUCUGGAGACUUCGCUCAGCGAGAGAAUUGAUGUCGCGAUCGAGGAACUCAUUGCUACCCUGAAAAAGAAGGAAGAAACAGAGCUUCAAUUGAAAAUGGAUCUCACAGAUAAGAGGUGUAAGUUAGAAGAGUUGGACGCGGCCCUUCGUCAGAGUAUCGCAAUCACAGAUGAGAUCGAAACAAAAUUCAAGGAUGAGAAGAAGCUUAGAAAGGAGGCCCAUCAGAGAAUUACCGAGUUAGAGAAGAAAAUUGCAGUCAUGCACGCUGCCUCAGCCACAAAAUGCAUCACGUGUAAACCGCUUCUUUACAAGAUAUUUACGGCCGAAGAGAAGCUCAUUCAAUCGAAACAGGAGAAAACUGUUCAGCUUCAGGAGUUGCAUCAGAUAAAACAUGAAGCUUUGAAAGCUGCACUUUCCGAGAAGGAUGCUCAUUUAGCUCUGUUAGAACAUUCAGGCAUCAAAACUCCAACGCAAGUGGAUCAGGCGGCGAAAUUGAAAGCCGAUAAGAAAAUACUACUCGAUAAAUUAAGGGAGGAGGAUGAAAAAAGUAUCAAGUUGGAUUUCGAACGAGAAACAACACCUCAAUCACUUCAAGAAAUAUUCAAGAUAUCUGACGACAAUGAAGAUGGUAGUGAUAACAAUAAUAAUUCUUUUGAUGAUCGCUUUAGUAGGAUCAAAUCAUCGAAAUCAACUAUUGUGAAUAGCGACAGCUCGCUAACAUUAGCUACUACAAGCUGCAAGAAUUCAACGAGGACGUCGAUGGUGUUCAAUUUGGAAGAUGGGGAAAAUCAGCCGCAAAUUUAUCAGCAGGAUACCAGAUAAGUACUUGAGUACUCCUACGGUAUUUCGGAGUAUCGAUCCCUUCGUUGUUGUCAACCUCGAUGUUGUCAUACGCACACAUCCGCGAACGUAGAACAGAUGUCUUUAGAAACGUAGUAAAAAAGAAAAUGAAACGAAACAACAACUACAACAGCAAAAUUACAGUACACCAUCAAUAUCAGCAACUACAGCAACAGCCAACACUUCUGCCUUUAUGCUGCUCAUCAUCGCGCAUCAGUCUUCAUUAGCACCAUCAUCUUCGUCAUUAUUCGACAUUUCUUCAUUAUUAUCCAACCAUUAUUCGAUAUUUCAUCCACGUGAUACAUAGUGCUUGAAAGAAUAGUCAAGAUCGAGAAGCCAGAAACUUCUUCAGAUUGCUGGUAAAAAAAAUAAUAUUCGUUUAUGAUGAAUAAAAUAUAACAUGGAUGACAUGAUGGGGUAUUAUAUUCUGACAAUGUGUUAUGGGCGUUUAUCUUUUUCUUCCUUCGACUUCAAUGUUGUUUGGAUAUCAUUAUUUGCUAUUAUUGCAGUAAUGUAUUGAAAUAUGCGAUCCGUUGUUUAUUACGUACUUUCUUGCAGCACAGCAUAAAAUAUUAUAAAAAAAUUGACAGUUUGUCAGAAAA